AUGCUGCUGCUCGCCUGGGGCUCGCCUGAGGCCCUCGCCAUCCCGCACGCGCCACCCAGCGGCGCCGUGCGCACGCGCGUCACGCCACCGAUCGUCGCCGUCGCCACCCUCGAGCGUGCGCCAUUCGAUGCUCGCAGCGUGACACAGUCCUUUGCGAUGUGGGAGGCGACGGCGCCGCCAGAUGGCUUCACAUGGGGCUACGACACCCGCUACGCGGAGAUGUACGAGCAGGAGGCCAACAAGCCUGUUGUCGGCGUGCCCAGCGUCGGCGUCAGCGUGUGGAGCUGGUUCGACUCUGGCGUUCGACUCUCGGCCGCAGAGGAGCCGGCGGCAGCUCUGGUGGCGAAGGAAGCGACCGCAUCGGCACCUGCUGUCUCGGAGGGCACCAUCACUCUCACGCCCGAGCAGGUCAAAGCAUUCGGCGAGCCGGCCGUCCGUGCUCUCACCGACGCUGUGGCCGACGCACCUGCGGCCGAGGCCACAAUCACGCUGACCGCCGAGCAGGUGAAAGCAUUCGGUGAGCCGGCGGUGCGGACGCUCACCGACGCUGCCGACGGCGCGCCCGUUGACGACGCUACGCCUGCGGCCGAGGCCACCAUCACGCUGACCGCCGAGCAGGUCAAGGCUUUCGGCGAGCCGGCAGUCCGUGCUCUCACCGACGCUGUGGCCGACGCGCCUGCAGCCGAGGCCACCGUCACGCUGACCGCCGAGCAGGUGAAAGCAUUUGGUGAGCCGGCGGUGCGGACGCUCACCAACGCUGCUGACGGUGCGUCCGUUGCCGACGAGGCGACCAUCACGCUGACGGCCGAGCAGGUCAAGGCGUUCGGCGGUUCGGCGCUUUCGACCAUGCACGCAUGCCUCGUGGCCCAAGUCUACCUCGCGCCGCGACACCGGCUCGGCAGACGAGGCGCGUGGGUCGAGUCGGCGCGGGAGGCGCGAGAGGGUGCCGACGGCGUGCGUCACGCGCUGACUGCCACGCUGGAGGACCGCUCGAUCCUCAAGGCUGGCGUCGGGGUCGACAACGACGCAAUCGACCUAUGGCAGUUUUGGGGGCUGGAGGUGAACGGGCGGGUUGAGCUCGCCGGCGUGGCAGAGCGCUCGCGCAGCCUCGCACGCCUGCUCGCCACCACGACGGGGGUGGAGCUCAGCAAGCCAAAGGCGCUGCAGGCCUCCGACUGGGCGGCGCCUCUGGGCGAGAGGCAGGUGGCCUACGCCGCCGCCGACGCGUGGGCGGGCAGGGCGAUCUACGAGCGGCUCUCCUCGCUCGACGCCUCCUCCUUUGGGCUGGACGCAGUGGCCGCGCUCCUCGACGCCGGCGAGCGAAGCUGCUGCGAGCUGUACGCGAUGCGGCGAGCGCGGCAGGCAGCGCGCGCGGCGUUGGCCGACGUCGCAGCGCAGCUCGGCGAAGAGGGGCUGCCGCACCGCCUUGGCAGCGGCGAGGAGAGCCACGCCUCGGCGAAGAGGGUGAUCACAGCACUGAGCGGGCAUGCGCGGACGGUCGCGAGGAGCCUCGCGGACAGCAAGGACACGAGGCUGCCGGUGGACAGCGUGCUGGACGCAGCGCCAGAGAUCGACGAAGUGAGUACGCUGGGUCGUGAGGAUCGAAGUGGCGUCGUGCAAAGAAAGUAG